UUCUAUUUACAUACACAACCUCAUCUUCAUUAGCAUUCUACUUUCUUUUUCUGUCUUUCUUUAAUGUUUUUGUUUUGCUUCACCUAUAGGCGGGAUAGAAUAUAUUUUGGGAUUGUUUGCAUUCUUUUGAAAAGUAGAAAGGAAGUUGAAAAAACAUACGCGUGUGUGUGAUCUGUAUUCUGUUGAAGAAUUCUAUGAAUUUAUUGCCAGUGCAUCGACAGGUGUGAUGAAGUUGAACUUCUUACUGGUGCUACUAAAAGUUUUUACUCAAUUUUAAAGUGUGAUUCUCCUGGGCUUGAAGGUUUAAUGGUAACUCACUUUCGUACAGACGGAUUUAGAAAACUGGAAAUUGGCAGAAAUUGAUGCUUACCUGAUUAGAAUUUUAUCUGUCUUUUAAACAAGGAAGGAAUAAUCUAAUUUUAGUUUUAUCUGUAAUACCGUACGUCAUUUACGUAACCGUUUCAGUGACUGUGAAGGAUUUUUUUCAUUUUCAAAUAGUGGAAAAGUUCUAUGGAUUAUUUUAAACAUAGAUAAACUGUAAUUAAUGAAAACUUGAUUGUGAUUUUCAUGUUUUGUGAUAUAUGCUUGAUUCGGAAACAUUACGGAACUAUCCGACAGCUGUAACAUUAAAGGGAAGUUAAAGGUUAUAAAAUAAGCGUUCCGUAGCAAAGCUUUACCAUACCUUGUGAGUUACAUGUUCGGUAACUUACGGAAGUGUUUUUAUAACCAAAAAUCCACAUAUAAAUACAGUAUUCAGCGUUUUUAAAUCAUUCCAAAAACAAAUAAUAACAAUGGAAUGCAGUUACAAAUAUGCCACUUUAUUGACAAAAAUAGUGUUUGUACUGGUUUUGGUGGCCUUAUUGCUACACAUGAUAGGGUUUUAUACCACGUACUGGGCAGUGUUUGACUACAUUGACCCGUUCAGAAAGACCGAACUUCUUCAAGUUAGAGAAUACGAGGGCAUGUGGAAAUAUUGCGUUCAAACUCGAUACAUGAUGAAAUGUCAUAAUUUUAAAAGUCAUGGAAGCUGGUUUGAAGCUACCCAAGCGUUUGAGACACUCGGAUUCAUCGCGGCCAUCGUAGCGCUUGUUCUGAUUGUUCUGUACGUCUUUGUGCCCCAGACUUCCGGCAAGAAGAUUGUGUUCAUCCUUGCUAUGCUGGCAUGCUUUGCCGCAGCCGGCUGUAUCAUACUUGGUAUCAUUAUCUAUGGCUCGAAGAUGGAUAACUUGUCUUGGUCGUUCGCCCUGUGCUGUAUAGCAGGCAUCAUAUUUGGAAUAUCCGGGAUUCUUCUUGUUGUCGACAUGCUCAAACGUUAGUCACGUGAUAGUUAAGUCACGAGAUACCGUUACCUUGUGGAACACUAUAUUUAGGUAUAUUGUUAUGCACGCUAAUCGAGUGCCUGUAAAAAAGAAAACUGUUUGAGAAGUGUAACAACAAACGGGAAAAAUCAGUUUGAACUUGUAAUGUUUAUUUUUACUCUAUCUUAAGUUGAAAAAAAGCAAUUUGAAUGUUGUCUUAACCUGUUUAGCAAUUGACUACAUCUUAGACUUUUAUAAAUAUAUAUUAACUGUUUUAUUACAUAGAAGCUUAUUUUUAUACACUCGUAUCAUAUUUGCUUAACUUCAUUUUAUUGUUAAGUGUUUUUACGUAUUAGAACUAUAUUUAAUGUACCCUUUUAGAUCUUUAAUGUUUUGUCUACAAAGUUGCUGUCCUGACUAGUGCGGAGUGUUUGAUUGGACCAAUACCGGUUGAAUUUGUCUUCUUCUAAAUUUCAAAGAAACGUACCGGAAGUGACGCAUCGGAAGCUAACUGUAAAAUAUUGUAAUACAACUCGUGAUAGUUAUUUAUAUAACUUGUUUUCAGCAUGUUUGAAUUUCAAAUUUUCAGCAAGACAUAUAAUAUCAAACAUUAGAAUCCACAAUUUACAAAUUUAUGUGGAAUCGGAGCAUGAAUAGAAAUGCGAUACAAGAACUUAAGACAUCCGAAGCGGGUCAACAUUUUGGAUUCUCGGUCCUCGCGCCGAGUUGAGACUUAUUUUACUGUAUUUUACCUUAAGACUAGUCAUGCCUGAUGACGUCGGUUCGAGUAAGUCCAGUUAUCAGAAAUUCCUGUCAGAAAUAAGAUUUAAGAUCACAAAUUAGAAAAUAAUGGGUAAGAUAAUGAAUGGUUGUUUUGGCUUAGUGUGAUGACCGAGUGUUAAAUGUGGAUGUGUGGCGGAAAAAAUUGCAGUGGGGAGCGGGGGCAAAAGUUACUAUGUAACGUAUGACACAUUUUGGUAAUUGAAUUACGUGACAUCAUUGAAUCACGUGACCACUCCGUAUUUGUUUCAGGAAAGAUAACUAUGUAUAAAACAUUAAGAUGCAUUUAAUAUUAUAAUACUUGUAUACAUGAGAUGAUAACCCUGUAACUUACUUUUGUUUCAUUUUUCUAAUAAUUGUGUUGUGAAAGAGGCUUUGAAGUAUUCCUUCAAGUUUUUAUUUUAAAAUCAGAUUAUGUUUAAUUGGAAACUUUUAUACCAGAGUGUUGUUAACUGUUGCAAACUUUCUUGUGUUAUUUUUGAACUUAAUUUCUGUUAUCUGCCAAAGUGUCUUGCCUAACAAUUUACACUAUUUUUUGAAUAACUCAAUUAUCUAAUGAAACUUGCAAAAUGCAAAAUACUGUCCGUAUUAUUUGCCUUGUUAGUGUUAGUGCCUUUCAAUAGCUCAGAGUCUUUUUGUACAUGAUAACUCUCAAGGUACUUUGUAUGGUAACUCGAACGGGAUGGAAAACAACAUGAAUUUAUUCCAUUUUUAACUUAAAUUUCUAUUUGUAGUAGACCUUUGUCACGUCUUACCGAGUGCAUUAAAUUGCUACAAACGGAGUCUGUUUCAAGCGUUAAGGUCAGGCACGCUUCUAGAGUCCAGGUCAUGCACGCUUCUAGAGUCCAGGUCAGGCAAAUCCAGAUACGUAAGCAUACCAUGACUGAAGUUUAUUUCAAGAGUUUAGGCCGACAAGUUUACUAAAAUUGACUGAAGUCUGUUUAAAGGUUUUAGGCCACACAUGUUUGCAGAUCUUGACCCAAGGUUCUGUUAAGCGUUUAGACACACUGAUUUUGACUGACAGCUCUAAAAGACACGUUUGUUAAAACGGACCAAAGGUUGAUUCCAGCGUUUAGUUCAGACACGUCAGUAGCUGAGACUGAAGUAUAUAAGGAUAGGCACGUUUGCUAACAUAGACCGAAGUCUGGUUCCAGCGUUUAGCCUAGAUAGGCUUACUAACUUUUACUGAAAGCUAUGCUAGAAACGUUUGCUAACAUUGACCGAAGUUUUUUUUCAAGAGUUUAGUGUAGACACGUUUGCUAAUUUUGACCAAAGUCUGUCUCCAGCGUUUAGACUAGAGUUGAAAGUUAAAGACGCUAGUCUGUUUCAAAGUACUUAUAUAGUCAGUUUCAAGCCUUGCUUUUUGUAUAAUUCUUGUUUGUAGUAAAGCUUGGACCAUCUCUACCUCCAUAAUUAAAUUGCUGUUACAACUGGUUAUGAAAGUCAAAAAUGAAAUUCCAGUCAUCAUAUCAUUAAUAUUCAAGUAAGAAAACAAAGAUAAUUUUUUUCACAUAUUAAGAACUUCAAAAAAGAUCUUUAAGGAAAAUUUUAUCAGGUGCCUUUAUAUUUCAAGCAUUUGUGCAAAUACAACAUACAAAUUUAACUGGCCUAUGAUUUGCCAAGGUGAAAAAAUACGCUAAGGUGCAAUUAUUAAUGAAAUCAAAUAUUAUUUUUUACUUCUGCUUGUACUCUUUUAUUUGUGGUUGAUUGUGUAUAAGUUUUUCUUUUCAAAUAAAAUGUUAUAUACAAA